AUGGACGACAGUCAUACUACGGAAAAUAAGGGAAAAAAUGUGAGUAAAAUAACUAUACUAGCGAAAUCAAGUUAGAACCAUACUCGAUCGCGUCAUGUCACGUCACCCGCACCGAGUCACCUUUACACAAAAACAAAUACCUACCAUUGCUUUAUAUAAACAGCUAGAUAUUUUAGUAAUAACAAUCGUACGUUUAAUAUUAUUAAGUGCUUCAAACGGCGUACAGUAUAGGCAAUUCUCAAUAAUUAUUAUUAUUUUUUUUUUUACUUGAAUAAUUUCCGUAUCGUAUUCAAUCGAAACGCACGUUUCCUGAUAGAUGUAUUUUGCAACAGUAUUUUACGGGGUGAUUUUUUUUUUCGUUAUCACAAUCUAGUGACUAUAUUAUAAUAAUUUAUACGACCAAACGAAAAUUGAUUUCGGUUUGUUUCGGUAAUUUGCAUACAGCAGUAUAGAAAUUAUAACAAUAUGUAUAAUGAGUCAUUACUAAUGACUCAUAACGCAGCAUUUAAUUAUCUUCAUUGCGAUGUUUUUUAAAAUUGUACUCUUAUAUUGCGCGUACGCUAUGCAUAACCACAUAUUAACUUUUGAUUUCCUACAGCUGUAAUAGCAGCAGGAUUACAUCGUCUAAAAACUGAUCUAAUGAUAUUAUGCAAUUUAUUACCCUUUCCUACUGCUCCGGUGUAAAAAAUAACGUUAUUAACUUUCGUAAACGGCGUAUCCAAUAAAAGUGUUGAAAUUAAUUUCAUGCAUUUCGUAUCGAAAUGUUUAGAAAAUAUUAUUUUUUCGAAUCCAGGUUGUCGUUUAAAAAUCAAAAGUUAAUAUUCUCAUUCAAGAGUAUUUAUGAGGAUUAGAUGGAACGAAAUUGAAAUAUAAGCGUUCAAAUAAUAAUUUUAAACAAAAUUAAAAAAAAAAAAACAAAACAAAACAAAAUAGAAAUCAAAUUUAUUUUUAUCAUCAAAUAAAAUUGCGAAAUCAUAAUUAAAACAAAUUAUUUAUAUCAUUAGUUAUUUAUCACAUAAUUAAAAUAAAAUAAAUCACUCUGUAAACAAUCGAAAAUCCUUAUGAAUACUGCUAGUGUGAUACACUCAUCGGUUCGGCCACGAUUAGAACAAAUAGUAUAAAAUCAACACUAUCUUGAUAUAUUAAACCGAUUAUUUAUUUUGUAAUUGUAAUAAAAGUCACAUUGUUCCGUUUCAAAUUAAAUUGUUCGGAAUAGAAUAAAUUAAAAACAACACAGAUGCGGUUUGUCAAUGGACGAAGGACAAAUAAACGAUUGAAAACAUAUCGACUGAUACCAAACGAAUUUUCUCCCAAACAAUAAUAGUAUUGCGCUAUUAUUAUUAAUCCCGCUCCAUUCAGCGUCGAAAAUUAAAUUAUUUUUAAUUUGUGAUCUAAAAUACUUGAAUGGUUUUUUUUUUUUUUUUAUAUAUUAUUGUUAAUACUAAAAGUAUUCGCACUGCUCGGAUUCCGAGUUAUGUAACAUUAGAUAGUAUGCGGUUUUUAUAAAUCUGCAACGAUUAUUUGAAAUACAAUACUUUAACAUUUCAACGUAUUAACCGAAACAUUUAUUAUAUAUUCUAUAUAUAUAUAAUUCGAAACAAUAUUUUCCUAUUUUACAAUAGUCGAAAUUUUUCUUUGGGUGUUUAUCAUUCUGUUUUCGCGGAAAACCAUUUAGACAAUUGCACUUGCAACGUCUUCCUCGAGAAUAUAUAGGUAAUAUAAUAAUCGUAAAUAAAUAUACGGUUUAAAUGAAUGGAAGAAUGUUUGCUGUAUAGUGUUCGUGAAGAUUUUUGGCACGCGACAUCGUAUUCAAUGGAAUUUAGGCCAAAAACAAGCCGUGAAACAAAUUUAAAUAUUUAAAAAAAUACAUGUUUUUUUAACCACGAUUAAGAAAUAUCUCGCGUACAUAAUUCAAAUUUCAAUAGGUACGAAUUGCGUAUAAUACAAUGUAUAUAUAAAUAUUCGAUUUAAAUAAAAUUGAUUUAGUUUAGGUACUUGCAAUAAUACCUAUACUCAAAUAAAACCGAUAAACCAUUUUCUUUAUUUUUUUAGGGUUUCUGUACCGUUGAAUACGCAUUUUGUUUUAAACAUUUUUCAUGAAAUUUAGACAUUUUUCAUGUCCGUAUUAUACAAUAGGUAUUAUGAUUCCCUUGUUCUAUACGAUGCCCAGUGGUAAGUACGACCGAGUAUCGUUCUACUCUUUACUCUAAUUAAAAAAUAUUAUUUUAUGCAAACACGGUUUUAUAUUAUAAAAUAUCUACGCGUGAUUUUUUGAAAACAAACUCGGGAUCCCGGGACGGUCCCGGAAUUACGUUAGAAAUUGAUAAAAAAUAUGCAUACUCGUACAUACAAUUGGAAAAUUGAUUUUUUUUUUUUAUACAUAAUAUAUUUUUGAAUACCAUUCAUAAAUUAAUAAAUUGUACGUAUUAGUGAGUAUUACGAAACAAAAAGCCCGAACAACAAAAUAUGAUGAUAAAAUUAGACAAAAAAUAGAAAUAUAUUUAUGAUGAAUAUUAAAUACUAAAUAUUUUGGAAAUACGAUCGUAGAAACAGCAAAGCAUCUGAUGUUCUAUCUCCGAAUCUGUAAUCUUAAUUCCUGUCCAAUGUAAUUAAGCAGCUGUUGAAAACAGUGUCGAAAUCAUUCGAAUUCUAUCUAACCUAAUAUUUAUAUAAAACCCAUCGGUCGACCGUCAUAGAUAACAAAUAUUUAUACCCAAAUGCUGUAUAAAUAUUUUAAUGUUCUUGGGAUAGAUAAACGGGUAAACCUGCUGUAUAAUUCACUGACGUGUACGAAAUCUUCUAUUUUAUACAAUGAGUUUAUUUUUCGUAUUUAUUUAUAAUUAUUAUGUAUAAUGUAAAUAUAUAUUUGUUUUCUAUGUUACUGCUUUAAAUCACGCGGCUUGAUGGUUUUUUUUUUUUCAUAAAUUUAAGUCGAUUUACAGUGUAGAUACAUAUUAAUAAGGAUGGACUGCACGUUCCCCAUACCAUAAUCGAUACUUAGUAGAAACUCACGAGAGAGGUGCAAAAUCUAUUAUGAUUCACCCACCUUUAAACUAACGUACUUAUAUUUUAUAACUAUUACCACAAUAUUAGUAAUAUUAAUGUUUUUAUCGAAUUAAAAUUCCAUAUUAUGCUGUCUAAACACUCUAAAUAUAACCAAUACAACCAUACAUUAUGUAACACAGAGUCCGUAACGAUAAUCAUUAAAUUGUAACAAUUUAUGAUAAUAAUUUACAAGUUCAAUUGUUAUCAAUAAUACUAUUAUGACUUAUUAGUUUUACAUUAUUAUUUCGAACGUUAAAAUAAUAAUGCAUUAUCAUGUUUUAUUCUAUACGAGGAUGACGUGUAAUAUAGUACCUUUAGUUUAUUUAUUUUAAUAUUUUUGUAAAUUGUGUGUGGGUGAAAUUUAAAACCUUUACCGCCUCCUCAGAUGAAUACUUGUGGGUGAAACUGCACCCUCAUUCCUCCCUUAAAUACCGGCAUUGCUCUAUAACCCCUGCUUAAUAUUGUUGUCAGGGUAACGUUACCCUGGCACUACCAAUUAUAAAUAACGAAAAUUGUCAUAACGUGUAAUCAUGAAAAGGUCUCAGUGCUAAAUUUCAAUAUUUUUGACCUCUGAGUGUCCAUUUGGGGCUGCCAAAAAAAGAGGGGGAAGAAAGAAGACUGACAGUCACAAAUUGGCACAAUAAUUGUUAACUAAGUUUGCCUUGUUGUGUACCGAAGUCAAAUAAUUGAGAGGGAGAGCUUCUUAAUAAUAUAUUCCCCCCACUCAAAUGUAUUCCCGAGUUUUUGUUGUAAACACGAAUAAUUUAUGGUGAGGAGGGAAGGGGGGGAAAUGACUGACGUAAGUGCUAAAAAAAAAAAAAAAAAAAUUAGUAAUAAUAUAAUAAUUUAAUUUUUUAUAAAAAUGAGUUUUACAGCUAACAAUUUAUAAGAAUAGUAUUAUAUUUAUUUAUUAAAUACCCUGGCACCACAAAUUUUGUUUAGUAAUAAGUAAUUAAUAAAUUGUAUGACUUGUAGUUUUUCAAUUCAAUAAUACGAAUAUAACGAUGUACAGCAGUACAAAGACAGUAAUAAUUUAUAAAUAGUAUAAUAGUAGAGACCGACUGACUGAAUGACGUAUUAACACAAAGCCCAAAUCCCAAGGUCAAGAAUAUUGAAAUUCAGCAAUGUGAGUUUAUUACGAUUACAUAUUGUUACAAUUUUCAUUAUUUAUAGGUGGUAGUGCCAGUGUAACGUUACCCUGGAACUAUUAGGGAAAAUCGGUUUUCUGACGUUCUAGGGCGGUUACAACAUUUUUUUUUUACGGUUACAAAUGUUUGCAUAAUACCAGUCGGUUUUGAAUUCAAAAUGUUGACACGGUGGUGCCAGGGUAACGCACCUAAUUUCUGGCCAUAUUAUAUCUGACCUUUACUGUAUAUAAGAUAUCUUUAUUUAAAAAUGUUGUUGUCUUUUUUAUGAAACUUUUUUCUCUCUCUCUCUCUUCUACUUUUAAUGACUAUAGACGCUCUUAGGUCGUACACAAUAUUUUUUUUAAUAAUAAUGUUGGUGCCUGGACUGCUUUUUUAGUUCUCUCAGUUUCUUUAUUAUGAGUAUGCAGGCUGAAUUAUUGCCGAAUUCGUAUAACAAUAAAACGCAGUUUACAAAACAAAAUUAUUAAGAAAUAUAGGUGCUAUAUAAUAAUAAAAUGUUCGUUAUUAAUUUAAAUGGUGUAGCAAAAAAUGCUAUACAAUAUAUGUAUUGCUAUAUAUAUUGUAUAUUAUGUACUAAGAUCAAAAACGUUUUGUUUAAUUGGCGUGUAUACGCGUGCGCAAUAGGACGAAGUGGACUUGGACGAGAUUUUGCCCAUCAUCGGAGAGUUCGGCCGUUAUCAAAAGUUACUUUUGUGGCUCGUCUGUUUGCCGGCCUGUAUACCAUGCGGCUUCGGAGCAUUUAACCAACUGUUCAUGUCCGACGUUCCACCGUAUUGGUGUUCCGAACCACAGCUGUCGAAUUUCACCGCGGACCAGAGACGACAAAUUUACGAAGAAGUAUAUAUGUAUAAUAUUAUCUAAAUGAAAUUAUGUUUGUUUUCAUGGGCACAUUUUAUGGCUAUGAUUGAUACCUACGAAGUCAGUGUUAGAUCCAGGGGCUAAUAGGGUAAUAUACCUUCCCCCUCAAAAAAACACCGUAAUAUAGUAUGAUUUUUUUAUCGUAUUGUGGUAAAAUACAAACCAAUUUGCAUUGUUGUAAAUGGUUUUAUUCCUCUCCAAAAUUAACGCCCGGAUUCGCCACUGAACUAAUUACUAAUUAUUGAAAUUUUAGACGCAAUGACGUUGUCCGAUAUUACUAUUAUUCGUCUCCUCCGUUUUUACCUCUACCCAUUCCUUUUGUUUUUUUGUAGUUAAACCAUUAUUACCAUGUCGAAAUGUUACAAUGAAACUACCAUUUAAUGAAAUAUUUUUGGGAACCAAGACUUUCAAUGUUAACAAUAACUAUGAGUAUAUAUAUUUCCGUAGAACGAAUAUGAUAUAUCUACAUAAAAUUAUGAUCAAAAAACCCGUGUUUUCUUUUUUUGUAUAAUGUAUCCAUAAUUAUCACUUUUAGAUAUAAACAAAUUGUUUUCAAAAUAUAAUACUAUAGUACUACUAUUCCCAGUGGUGUAUUGGAGGGUAUGCGUGGGUAUACGACGAAUACCCGGAUCUUUAUUUUCGGAUUUAUGAGUAUAACCUAUAUAAGUAAAUUCGUUGAUUAUGACUUAUGAGUACACUAAAAAUAUACACAUCAAAGGUAUACGCGAAUUUUUAAUUUAUCGUCGCCAUAAAACCGUAAAAAUAAUAAUUAUAAUAAUAAGUAAUUAUUAUUUUAUUGUUUUUAUUGUUUAGUCUGUCACAAAAGCAGUUCGGUAUUCAAGUUUAAAAUGUAGAUCUGCAUAGUGAACAUCCCGCUGAACGUAUUACUGUCAGGUUACGAUUCACUUUCAAACUAAGUCUAUACAUUUUACCGUUUUAUCUACAACGUAGUUCGUUUAAAUAUUACUAAAUUCGUAGUUUUGGUUUAAAUUUUAAAUCAAAAUUGAUAAUCACGCGAAAAUUUGUUAGAAAAUAAGUAAAUUAUUUGGUUACUAUUAUUAAAUUAUUUUUAAAAUUGGAAACUAUUAUUCAAAUCCAAAAAAAAAAAAAAAAAAAAAAAAAAUAGAAAAUAGAAAACAAAUGUGUUCUAUACGUAUUAUUGCAUACCCACCAAAUAUUUCUAAUAUUUUUCAGAAAAUAUAUCAGUUAAAAUAAUUAUUAAUAAGUUGUAUGAUAUUUUGUAUGACGGUACCUAUUUAAUAUUUUUAUACUAACCGCUUAAAAAAUGAAAUUAACUUUUCAAUUAACUCUGGAAACACGUUUACUUACGUUUUCUUAAAUUUUAUUUUCGUAAAUAUAUUUAUUUUGAUAAAAUAAGUAUACCAAUAUUGAUGAGUAUAAAAAAAAAAAAAAAAAAAACGCAAACACGAUAUUCCAUUAUUGUUAUUAUUAUUAUUAUCAUCAACUAAUAAAGAGAUUUAUAUAAAAUCAUUAUUUUGAGCACAGCUUGAACCGAUGGUGUAUCUAUAUAUAAUCGUAUAUUAUAUAUUCUGUCUUAAUAUACUAACGAAACCUAUUGUCUAUAAUUUUGUAAAGAAGUACAUAAUAUAUAUUAAUAUAAUACACUUUGGUUACUUCAUAAUGUUUCUCCAGUAUAAUAAAUCUAAUCAUUUUGGAAUGUUUGAGAUCUAUUAUAUUUUUCGUGCGAUGCGAUGACGAAAUACGAAAUAUAGCUUUUUAACAUUAUUAAAUAUCGUAGAUACACAAUGUACAAUAAUAAUAAUAAUGAUAAUAAUAAAUCGAUUAGGCAACUAUAAGAAUAUUGUUAUAUUUGUAUUAUUACAAUGAUUAUAAUGUCCGGAAGAAAGUACGUAGUAUUAUUAUACAUCAUGUUCAAUUGAAAUAUAAUACUAAAUAAUAUCGCUAAAUCCCAAUCAUCAAAGACCUUAUUUUUUUUAUUAUCCAAUGAGUUUUCUACACAAAUAUAAUAUUCUAGCGAGUGACGUCAUUUUAUUAUGUGUGUGAUUGUCUGUGGCAAAAUUAUCAAAUUUGCCGACUGAUUAUGAUGAAAGGAAUUAUAAUUAUCAAUAAAAUGUGUCAUUAGGUACCUAUAUAUCAAUAGGUAUGUGAUUUCGUAAUAUUUGAAUUUUAUAUUUAAUUUAAAAAAUUAAAAAUCGUCGUGAAAAUCGGAUUACUUGUCUGUAAGGAAAUAAAGUAUAUGAAACAUUUUUCGAAAUUUUUUUCCCAUAGUUAAAAGUCAGAGCUUAACCAAAAUGCUGACUUGAGAAAAGGUUAAAAGUUAUAGAAUGUGGUAAAUGUUUACGUUGCCCACCAAUGAAUGACAUUACUAAUUAUAGUUCAAUAAUUACAAUCAAUCAAAUCACAUGUAUACAGAUUUCGAAGUUAGGACAUAGAAGUUAAAUGUACAGUUUUCGUGAUUGUUGAAAUGAAAAAAAAAUAGCCAUAGUAUUGCUUUUUUUUUUCUUAAGGCUUGCCCUAAAACUCCCCAAGUGUCUAAUAUACAAUCGAUUCGAUAUUCGUGAACUAUGUUCCAGAGUAACGUCACUCAAAUAAAAAACGGAUGUAUGCGAUACGCGAUCAAUUGGACGGAAAUCUUGGAGUCUUCGGACGUGUUUCAGGGGGAAAAUUUGGGACGGUUGACGAACGAGAGUUGGCCGCUAGAGAAAUGUAACAGUUGGGAGUACGAUACCAGUCUCGUGCAGUCUUCAAUCGUAAUCGAUGUGAGUAAAUAUAAUAUAAUAUACCUACACGUAAAACAUUGAAUUUCAUAAGUUUUAAACGCAUACAUUUGAAUAACUAUAAAGACGUCGUGAAUAUAAAACGGUUUUAAUAUUAUGACGAUGCCAUAUAGGUAGUACUGUCGUCAUGAAAACGUUUAGAAAGUAUAUAAUUCGGUUUACAUGGCGUUUCAAUAAAAUAACUGAAAUAUUUAUACCGUGUAAACACGGAUGUCGAGAACUUUUAUUGAAAUUAUUAUCGAAUGGAAGUAUAAACCCAUUCAUAUAUUAUUAUUUUGUAUUCACGGUGGUUUUAUAAUAUCGUGAAAACCGUGUGUACCUAUAUACCUAUAUUUCAAUGUACGAUUCAUAAUAUAUUUUAACAACGUGACGUGACGACGGAGAAUUACGAUAAAACGUGUCCGAAAUCACGUGGCCGAACAAAGUACAAUUUGAAAACAAACGUACAAUCGUCGGAUCAAAUCUAUUCAAAAUACAUAUUUUUCGGUAUUAUUAUUUUAUUACCAGCAGCUGCAGCAGUUCGCGUAGACUGGAAAUUGUAAUAAAACAAACGCAACGGUUGUUGUUUUUUUAGAUUCCGAGAGUAACGUCGAUUUCUAGACGUUGUUUUUUACCGCUUCUAAAAAAGGAUAAUAUUAUAAAAAAUUGUUCAGUGAAAAUGUCAGAUCUCUACGGCUAUUUUUAAUCGAAUUCCAAUAAAAAUGCAAAAUCGAAAAUAACGAAACCGUUAACACCAUAAACUUUCCUGUCUUUCGUAUGUUUUUUUCCCGGUUUUUCUCAACUAUUUAAAAAACGACACUCUAAGUCCAAAAAUUAAUAAAAAUUCUCAAUGCGGCAACACGAUCAAACAAAACAAAAAAAUCAUAUUAAAAUAUCAAUAUUAUAUUUCAUGAAUAAUAAUUGUGUGGUUUAACGGCUUUUGCCAACUACAAAUAAUUUUUAGGAAUUUAACGAUUCAUCUUUAGUAAAUAUUUGUAAUGUUAAAAUAUAUUUAUGAAAUUUUGGAUUUUGUAAAUAGAGGGUAUCUCAAAAAAAACGCCGGAUUUAAAAAGGCCACCAUUUUUUUUAGGCAGCACUGUUUUUGUUUUUUUUUUAUCUAUUAUCAUUGAUGUUUUAUGUUGAUAAGGGUUAUUAUUAUUAUUAAUUAUUUUUGUGAUAUCAUCAUGGAAUAGUACAGUAAGGAACGCCGAGUUUUGAUCGUAAAAACUCACUGCUAAAAUGUUGAAAGUUUCGCGGUAACUGUUAGAAAACUCCGUACAUAUUUUGGAAAUCAAAAUUCACCGAACGAAUCAACUGCUCGUUGGUUGAUUAAAAAUUUCGAAGAACAUGGUUCGGUACAAGACAUCAAAAACCCUGUACGUCCUUGAAGAAACCUGAGUAAAACAAAUAUUGUUGUGUGAGAAGUUUUCUGACAAACUAAUUUUGUUGCGUGGCGACCAAACCUACCCAUCUCGAUCUUGCGAUUGGAUAUCGUGUGAUUUUUUGCUAUGGGGAUAUACUAAGUCUCGAGUUUACCAGAAAAAACCAUAAAAUUUGUUGGAUUUUAAAGAAGAAAUUCGACGUGUUCUAUACGAAUUUAAUGAAGCAAUAUGUAAUCGGGUGAUGAUGAAUUUCAUGGACCUAGUGAUUACAUGAAGGGCUAGUAGGGGGGGGGGAGAAUGAUAUAUUUCUGAUUCCGUGCUUAUUCCGAGACUACCUUCCCAACUUCUCACCUAUAACAAUGGCCGCUCCCAUCACCAGUUUCAGCUCUUUUUUUUGUGGUUUUUUUUACAUAAAUAAAUUUGAUUUAUAGUAGUUUUAAAUUCGACGUUCUUUUUGAGACAUCCUUUAUUAAAAUGUUUUAUUUUUAGUUUUAAAAAAAAUUAGAGGAAUCAUAUUAUUAGAACAAGUCUAGAAAUUAUUACAAGAAGAAAAACUUAAAAAUAUUGAACAAAACGUAAGUUAUUUCAGUUGUCAGAUCUUCGCGUUACACUCUGUAUAUGUACAUAAUGACUACAUUUAUUAUAUAAUAGAAUUGAAAAUAAAAAAAUGUUUACGCCAAAAAGUGAAAAAUAACAAGUUUCUUUUUAACGCGUGCAUUAUUGGAAUAUUUCAGGUUUCCAUUACGAACGCAUUAAGUUAGAAAGUCAUUCGAAUCCGAAUACUAUAACUAUACACCAAUCGAUUGAGUUUUAAGUUAUUUACGAAAAUGACGUUUCAACUCAAUUUUAUAGUUAUUGUCUAAUUAUAGUCAGUCGAUGGCCAGCUUUACGUAUAUCUAAUUUACAUUUAAAACAGACUGUCGUAAACUGCAGGCAAAUUUAACUGAUUAAAAAAAAAACAAAAAUGCGGUCAAUCGCGAAAACAUCGCGAAUUCCAUAGCUGUACAAUAUUCGAACUUAUGGGAAAUAAUAUGCAUUAUCAUAAUUAUUAUUAUAUCAAGUAGGUAUACCCGGAUAUACGUGUUGACCGGUGCUAUGCCAACGGGAAACAAAAUUAAUUGACUGUUUACUGCUCGACAGUGGGUAGAGGAUUGUUGCGGUGCAGACUAUAUAACUAGUAAACCGUGAAAUUGUUGGCUGACGGAGUCGAGUCAUUUCAAUAUUAUAAGUAUAAUAAUAAUACAUGAGUAUAGAUUUUUCUUUUUUCAAUUUCGAGUAGAGAUGGUGGAAACGUUCUCGAUACGAUUCACGAUUUAUUCCCGUUCGUAUCGACAAUUCGCGUUAUCUAUUCUAUAGUAGAUAUAAGGUAAAAAUAGAUUUAACUAUUUAAGGCGGCGGAUAUUUGGAGGAUAGUGGAUUACCCCCCCUUUUUUUUCUUUAGGUAAUUCGUAAUUUUUAAUAAAUAUUUAAAAUACAAAAUACCGCCUAUGCAUAAACUGUUGAAGUAGAAGAAGAUUUUAAUGGGUUUAAAAAUUUUUCGUACCGAUUAGAAUAAUACAUUACUAACGAGAAUAAUGGAAGGGGUUCAGGAAAAUCGUAUAAAUCCCGUGGAUUUUAAAUUUUUCCACACUCAAAACCGGGACACGAUAGCCACCGAUACAGAUAUAGAGAGCGAAAAACAUUAGAUUUGUGAUUUUCACGAGGCAUUGAAAGCAUUCGCCCCGGGGCGUCAAAGAUAUUUUAAAUUAUAGGGCGCCCGGCUCAAUUUAAAACUCGAAAUAAAAAUAACAAUAUUAUAUCACUUGUUAGAUGUUUUAUUUUCACACGGUUUACCUAGUAAAGUAAUGAAUAUUUAUUCGGUAAUUAUUAUUAGAGCAUUAUAGUUUGACCUAUAGUAAAAUAUAACAAGUGAGGCUAAAAGCAGUUCUCUUAAAAAUGAUAAGAAAAAUCCAAAAAUAAAUGACUCAUACCAACCGAAAAAAGUGUAAAUUAUUCCAAAUAAUAAUUUAAUGUCAAUUUAUGUGUCCAACCUGUACUUAAAUAAAUAAAUCAUGUAGAGGCCAGCAUAUAUAUAUAAAUAUUAUGCUAGUAUGCCACUCGGUAGAUGUUUUUUACAGUAUCUCAAUAAAGGGGAUUAAUAUAUUAUUAAUAAUGAUUUUUAUAAUAAAUCGAAUUUUCUUUUGAUAAAUCUAUAAAAAAUAAAACGAUAUCGUUAUUAUUUUAGGUACCUACUCAACCCGUACAACCCGAUUCUGAGAAUAUUGUCUAUCGACUCUUUGUAUCUGAUAAUUUUUAUUGGAAAGGCAUAAAAUAGUUAGUAUUCAGUUUAUUGAAAAUAGUUUUCUCGAUAGUUUACUUAUGUUCACCAAAGUGCAUUACAUAAUCAAUGAUAAUACAAAUACAUACAAAUAUUAGCAUAAAAUAUAAUUAUCAUUGUGUUGGUGAUGUCAUUGUGGUAAUGGUCUGAGAAUUUUAGGUUUGAAUGUUGCUCAAUCUGAUCCCACAUAAUACAAAAUAGGAAAGUCUCAACAGACGAGGAGGCGAGGCGCUCUAAAAAUCGAUACACCCGGGCGCCAAAUAGUUCGACGCAGCUCCGGGCACGCCCAUGUCUGCAGUAUCCGCAGCAUUUUUAUUUAUUUUCUCCCGACCAUCUGCUGCGUUUUCCGUGACCGGUUUCAAACGAUUUUCUUCGCGGAUGUCUACGAUCGGUGACGUGCCCGGGAAUUUUCAACAGGAGGGUGGGUAGGGCAUACGAAUCGUGAAUAAAUCGUAAAAACGUCUUCACUACCCGACUCGACUACGGGAAUUUAAAAACCGAAUCCUAAAAAAAAAAACAAUUUCUAAUCACGAGUUUUUUUUUUUACUUCCUCAGGCGAAUUAUAUACGCGUUUCGAUAGUUUUAUCAUUUUUUUCAUUAGAUUCUAGUCAGUGGCUAUGACAGCUCGACACUAAAGAAUGAAACAAGAGCUGAAACUGGGGAUGGGAGUGGCCACUGUUAUAGGUGAGAAGUUGGGAAGGUAGGAUGCAUAAGGUUAUAUCAUUUAUACCUGUAAGCAACGAUAAACCAUUGCUUGACGAAAGACGAUUCUAAACGCAGUUCGUUAAUACAUAAUUUAAAGUGCCGUAUUAAUUUUUUUUUUUUUGAAAUUUUCGUUUAAAUUCGAUUUUUAAACAUUUAUUAAAAAAAAAUGUGUUGUCCAAUGAUUUUGGAAACUUCACCACGUCUAGGUAAGUCCAAUAUAGGUCUAUAAUCUAGUAGUAAAGUAUAAUCUAGAUAACUUGAGCUUUCAGAAAAGAUGCUACAGUUAUACAUCGGAGCAGGUUUACUAGGAAAAAACGUGUCCACAGACUAGAAAAAAAAAAAUAAACAGCAUUGCAAAACCAAUAGCACCCUCGCUCGCUCGGAAUCUAAAAACAAACACAAAUAGGUAAUAUAAAUUACAAAGCCGGCAUCCAAUACUAAAAUUAAAUAUCUUAAUAUUAUGACCGAUUCGGAUUUGUCGUCGUGUAUAGCGAAGAGGUCGAGGGGGGGGGGACAUUUUAUGAAAUUUCAAGAUACAGGGGCGAAAUUAAGCGCUCGAAAGGUCGCGUAUUAGAUUCGAUGUUAUACUCGUAGAUUGCGCGUAUAUUUUUGCGUUUUCAAACCGACCGGUGGGAAAAUAACCCCUAACCGCCCUAGCCGCUGUCCGGGACUCCUCCCGAGGACGCCACCGUCCGGGGUUCUCCUCGAGGACGUCGGCUGCUACUGCGGGGUAGGCAUCUUCAGAUAGUAUUGCGUCAUCGGGAGGCGUGCGACGCAGUCGGUUUGUGUUCACUACUAUAAUAUUCAUUUGGCCGGGACGGGACGUAAUCCGGAAGGUUAACGAAGUGUAUACGUUACACGACCCGAACACUGUAAUAACGUACCUACAUAUAAUGUUGUACACACGGUAAAUAAUAACGACGAUAAUGGUAUAGGUAUACACGCGUAUUGCGGCGCGGGUGUAUUAUACGCGCGGAGUCCGCGGCGGCUUACGGAUAAUUUAAUGGUACUGAAAAAAAAAAAAAAAAAAAAUGAAAUAAAAAAUAACGUUGACAACCGUCCGCCGUCGCCACCAACUACGCUUUCUCGAUUUCAAAGUACACGAUGCUAGGUAUUAUUAUUAUUAUUAUUAUUAUUAUUAUUAUUAUUAUUAUUAUUAUUGUUACUGUAGAUAACGAUACCUACACUACCGUCGUCGCCGCCGCCGCAUUGAGUGCUAUGACACGUGUAUGACGCGCUUAUACGACAAAAUCGAUAGGUACCUAAACCUACCAUAUACCUGUGUAAUAAUAAUAAUAUACGAAAUACAUUAGCGAACGACAUAACACGAUAUUAUUGUAGGUACACGAGGUACACACGUAUACGUAUACGUGUAUACCGACGCAAACGAAAUGAAAGGACAUAGUGUGUGACUGUACUAUGUUAUAUUUUUUUUUGUAUUGUAUACCUAUAUACGUCCUGACCUGUAACUGCUGCAGCACUACAACAGUACAACAAUAAUAAUAAUAAUAUACUUUUAGACGCGAUUACGAUAAACGAUAAUUAGAUAUCGGGCCGACAUUAUGUUAUAAUAUAGUCUGUCGUUGAAAAAUACGGGGAAAAAAAAAAAUAAAAAAAAAAAAUAACAAUAAUAAUACCCGAGUAUAUCCGCCCCGAUACGUUAUUAUUACACUCUGUGCAUAUUGUUGCAUAAUCAAAGAAAAAAAUAUUUUAAUAAUAAUGUGCCGUCACAGUCGUCGUCGUCGUCGUAUAUUAUUGUUAUUUCGGUACCUAUCUAUACAUAAUAUUAUACGCAUUGUGCUCAGAAAAAAAUAAAAAAAAAAUAUUCACGGAACAUCCGUCGGUUGCACGGAAUAUAAUAUUAUUGUCUAGACGGGGACGGAGAUUCGGAAUAUUUGGAAAUUGUGUCAUUGUAUAUGCUGUGCAUACGCUGUGUCUAGGCUAAAAGGAAAAGUUCGAUUUUUUUUUUCUUAUUUAAACGCGUUUUUUCUUUAGAGUUAAAUUAUUCCAAGUAUUUUUUCGAAUUUCUACAAUUCAAUCUGCACUGAAAUUAUCAUCGUCGAAUUGGAGUAUAACUAUAGGUAUUGGUGAUUAUAUUAUUAGUUCAUUUAGGUAUACUGACACUGGAUACUAAUAUCUAAAUUCCUUUACUGUUAUAGCAGUUCGGACGAGUUUCGUUUUAAACGAGAAAAUGUAUGUACAUUUAGAUUAAGUCAGGGUCUCAAACUUGUUUUACGCGUACCACUCGUGCUUAUUAUACGGAUCCAUCAAGUACUACUUAUGACUAAAAACCGAACUGUUCAAAAUUUAAACGCAAUUAUCGCGAAAUGAUUAGACAUUUAAUCACUACAAUAAUUAUAUUAUAAUUAUUAUUUAUAAAGUAUUUUUUUUUUAAACAUUUUUUUUUACGACAAAAAUCAAAGAAAUUUAAAACAGGUAGUCCAUAUAUGUACUCAUAUAAAUAACAGAAAGAUACUAAACAAAAGUCAAGGAGAAAAUAUAUCUCAUCCAUAAUCUCUCCCCUUAAAUACGCCGUUUACUCAUUACUAUUGGGAACUGUGAUCAAGUAGUUCUCUACACUUGUGGUACCUACCGUGAAAGCACUGAUGUCUAUUCCUAGGUCCGUUUAAGUAGGUUUAUACGACAGCCAUUUCAAUACUUGUAGAUUCGUUCUAGUCCCUUCUUCACGGGGGAAAAAUGAUUAUUAAAAUACGGUCAAUAUUUAUAUGUAUAUAAUAUAUACCAAAUUUAAAAAAAAACCUAUUGAAUUAUAAUUAAAAAAUUACUAUUUGUGUGCAUUUAAGUAUAUAAUAUUCAUAAUAAUUGACCGUUCAUAUAAUUUUAUACAGCUCAAUAUCGAAUCUUAGGUUAGGAAAAAAAAAUAUUUCUAGUAGUUUAAAUUGUAAUUUAUAAUUUAUUGUAAAGACGCAAGUAAAUUUUUGCACGGGAAAAACAUUUUGGUAGUGAAAUGAAUACGUGAGAAAAUCCACGUACUCGUGGAAUUCCAAAAAAAAACACUACUGUCGGUUUACAAAUAUCUAUAGCUGAAAAAAGUUAUAAGGAUGAAUGGUAUCAUAAAGUUGAAUGAUUAGACAAGAUGUCGAUUUUUAAUUUUUGUAGUUGUCAUAGGUUAUUGGACAUUCGCAAAUAAACAAUCUUACGAUUUACACGGGCACGUAUACAGUAGCGAGGGGGGGGGGGAGUUUAGAGUUAUCCCUCCCUCCCUAAAAAAAAAUUCGAAAACCGUAUCAUAUACCAGUUCUAAGGUUCAAAAUGUUUAAUUUACUUACGAACCUCUCCCGAAAUUUCAUUUCUAUGCUAGGAUUUACUGUUUUCGGUAAAAAAGCGAAACCACUCAGUUAACAAAAUUAGAAUUAAAAAAAAAAAAAAAAACUUACCCGGGUUUCGGUGUUCCGUGUUUUUUUUUGCGUAAAAAAUGUCAAACAAUUAUUGCCUAUAUUAUAAGUUUCCGUAUUGUAAAACAAUUUUUUAGAAAAUAGAUUUAUUAAUAAAAUACAAUACGAAACGCGUUCACGGCGUAUCGAAGAGGCAAUUUAUUUUGUUUAUGUGCGUUUAUAACGAAAAUAUAUACGUAUACUUUUGUUAAGGAGAUGAAACUUGUACCAUCGCUCGUAUAUUAUUGUAAUAAAUGUAAUAUAGUAAUACUCCGUCCGUUAUUUAUGUCAGUAUGAUUUAGUUUGCGAACGUGACAUAUAUCCGACCGUGGGACUGGCCGCUCUGAAUUUAGGAGGACCCAUAGGAGUGUAUUUUUUCGGCGUUUUAAAUGACAGGUGAGCUGAAGCGUCGGCCGAAAAUCAGUAUUUCUAUGCGUUAUUAUCGCAUUAUUUUUUUUAUUUAUUAUUUUAUCUCAAUAAAACCGAAUUAUCGUUAUUAUUAUUUUUUUUAUUUUUUUUUAGAAUAGGGAGACGAAAGUCGUAUUUUUUGUGUUUGGCCACGCUGAUCGUCGGCAGUCUGUUGACUGCGAGCGCCAUGAAUUUCUGGUGGUGGGCCGUUUCAAGAGUAAUUGUCGGUUUGACCAUACCGGCCGUUUACCAAAUUCCAUUUAUUAUAUGUAAGGAAAAAAAAUAUACAUAAUAUUAAAUAUAACUUAGCUUUAAAAAAACCUAAGAACAUAAUAUCCGCCAUACAUAUUUAUUUAAACAUAUUGUAAUGUAAUAACCACCGGUUCCGGCCCGUGAUUUCAGUAUAUCUACCUAAUACUUAUUAGACAUAAAUUAACAAAUUAACAUGCACGGUGUAUGAAAUCAAUAAAAUUAAGUCAUAGUAGUAACUGACAAUAAAUGCGAAACACAAACAAAACAAUUCGCCAUAAUUCUCUAACGUUACAAGACAUACCAAACAUCAACCUGCAAUACUGCAAAGACGCCUAUAUAUAACAGCGAUAACUGCGGUGUCGCAAUCUGUCGACAAUUAAUGAAAAUAUUUUCGAAAAGAAAAUAUGUUUUUUAUAUUAUCUUUCGCGGCUUUCAUCGAUUAUUGUGCUUGUUGCGUUUAAGAAAUGCAGAUUGUAUAAAUCUCUUUUUUUUUUUGUAAUAAAAAAUAAUGAAUAUGUAUACCUAUUGAAAAUUGUAUUCGCCAAAUAACUUUGUAUAUUCUUUGAAUUCGAUUGUUAUUGUUUGUUUUUUCAUUUUGUAAAGAAACGUAUAUUACCGUAAUAGUUGCAUCGAUCCGCUAUAGGAGGAUAAAAAAAAUAUGUUUUAUUAAAUAUAACCGAGUCGAUGAUGAUGAUAAAUGAUACCUCCAAAAACGAUUGUAUUCAAUCGUUGUAAAAGCGUUGUUCAAAGCGUGUAUUUCGGUCGGAGAGAUACGAGAUACGGGACAGGCGGACAGACAGAAGAUAGACACAUUGACAUGACGGGCGUAUAUAAAAUUAGAACUCUAUACUUAAAAACUUAAAACGAUUAUAGUCUAGAGUUUGUACAUAAAGUAUAAUAUGACGUUAAGUUAUUAUAUACGCACUAUACAGAAUGCAAUCUAUUAAACGUAUAGAAAACGGUUUCGAGGACGAAAUCCUAUACGGCUAAAAUCAUAAGGGGCGGUGAGGGGGCUAAGUGAUUAAAUUAUUGUUUUCAGAUUGCUAAAGUUUCAUAUCGAGUAUAUGAUCGCAAUAAUUAUUUGUUUGCUGACUUUGAAUUAGUUUUGCGCAAAACGCUGACUAGUCGUCUUGUGUUAUAUUAAUAUUAAAAAUGAGUGCCACUCAGAACACUUCAAAACACCACUCCCCUAUCCCGUUCUCGGAAUUGUUUUGACAAAAAUUAUAAACGAAAUUUCAGAUAUAUGCAUUUGAUGAACGAUAAUAAUGCGUUUUCAACUUGAUUCUUAACGUAGUUGCUAUACUAAUUUUCGUGUUUCUAGAUUUUGUUCAUAAACAUAAUAUGAUGUUAAUAAUAUUACUUAUCUUCUUCUUUUUAGAACUGCCUAGGACCGACGACCGUCCCGUUAAAAACUCUGAACUAUCCCGAUCAGCUGCUUGUAUAAUUUCCAGUCCAAACCUCCAUUUAGAGAUUCUCCUCACAUGCACACCUGUCCGUCUCAAACGAGGCAUUCCAAGAAGUUAUUUUUUCUUCCUGGUUCUUUUCCAUUACCACGCGUAUACAAGUGGAUUUUGACUUUACCAAACUUCAUGAAAUGUAUUUCAUGAUAAUAAUAAUUUGUACUGUGUAGUAUAUUAAAUGAAUGUACGUUCAUAAUAAUAUGUACCUGUCAGUUGCAGAUCCAGGGGGGGGCGAUCGCCUCUAUAACCCCCCUUCCAUGUUCACUCACCAAUAUACUCUUACCUCGAUUUAUCAUUGAACCCAGCAUAUACCUUAAAUUCAUUUUCAAUUCUCCCAUUCUCCGUUAUCUAGUCCUUCAUCCGCCCCCGGUACCUAUAUCAGUAUAACAGUUUAUAGUAUUCACAUUCUGCAGUCUACAAUUUUACCAAACCGUACAAAGUGUCGGGCGGUCCGCAUUUUAAACACGGACCGCACAAAACGACCGUUUACCAAUACCUACAUACACAUAAUAAUAAUUUCGAUAUUUGCUCGUAUAACACCGUUUUUAUACGUUUUGUCGUUUAGCUCUAGAACUCGUCGGACCCAAUUACAGGUCGUUCAUUACGGUGAUGACGUGUAUGUUUUAUACGCUCGGCCUGGUAUUGUUGUCCGGUGUUACGUACUACGUUCGCAACUGGGUGUACUUGGCCGUCGUGACGUCAACUCCGUUUGCGGCGUAUUUCGUUUACUGGUGGCAAGUCAGCGAAAUUAUUCGAGAUUACGACGGAACUGCCACGCGUGGAAACCGUUUAGAUAUUGUUAUUAUUAUUUAUUACAUAAAUUAUAGCAACAUUGAAUUAGAGACCGGUAGAAAAAAAAAUGAAUAUAUAAUCGUUUUAUCAAUAGACAGCGCGUUUUCGGCUGUCCGAUUUCUCGCACAUGCAUCGGCAUCGUAGGAGUAAACGGUUUCUGCCGUGUGUGGGUGCGCGUCAUUAUUGUGGUAUAGUAUUAUUAUAAUAUCAUGUAUUAUGAUGUCGGAAUUGCAUGCCUUAGGUUCCUACCGGAAUCGCCCAGAUGGCUGCUGGCCAAAGGCCGACUGGAAGAGGCGUUGAAAAUAUUGGAAACUCUGGCCCGGGUCAACGGGACCGUGCUGCCGGAAACGUUCAAACAGAAACUCAAGGUAUAGACCACCAGUUUCGUUUUCCAUGAUGUAGCAAACAUCAGUAUCACGUUGCAAAAUAGUUGUCUUAUUCGCUUUACAAACUUUAUUAUCAUUCGCAUAGGUAUACUUAAUAUCAUAAACAUUAUCUUCUCGUUCUUCACCUCUUAUCCCGACACCCAUAAAGCCACUCGAAUAUAGCCUCAAACGUGUCUCUUCACAUCGCAUAUGUCCAAAACCAUCUCUCGGUCAAUUCUCCCUCAGAUCCUUUGUGUCCUUGUAGUGUCGGUUUUUCUUGUCGGAUAGUGACAAUACCCCUAAAUUGCGACGUUCGUUUUAACACGGUCUCUACCUGCAGCAAAAAAUGAUGAUGCAGAGAACUUUGAGCGAAGAAAAACGUCUAAAAGAAGGACCGGGAGUGCUGGCCCUUUGUCGAACACCAAACAUGCGAUUGAAAACAAUACUGAUAACGUUCAACUGGUCCGUUAUUUAGACGUCUGUGAUGUGACUCGCGAAUGGCUAAUUUGUAUUCGAUUUUUUUUUUUUUUUUGCAGGUUCGCUAACGAUAUGGUAUAUAUCGGACUGAGCUACUACGGCCCGUCGUUGGGGCAAAAUCAAUAUUUGAGCUUUUUACUAUCGUCCGUCGUUGAAGUACCUAGUUGUCUAGUCUGCUGGUUGCUGAUGGACCGGUGGGGCCGCCGGUGGCCGCUGUGUCUGGCGAUGACGUUAAGCGGUAUAAGUUGCAUUAUCACCGUCACAUUGCCAUCCGGUAAAAAAUACAAACCAAUAACGUGUUAAGUACAAUAUUGUAGGUGAUUAUUAAAAUAUACGAUUUUAUUAUGUCGUUUGUCAUCGGUAAUCACUCGAUCAGAAUAAUACCAAAUACGAUAAGACAACGAUGUUUUUGUAAUUAUUUAACUGUUUUGUUUUUUCAAUACUGUGUAAACUUAAUUUAAAUAAAAAAAAAAAAGAAAGAAGACCUCCUAGAAUAAUGGAGACGGGUGCAGCCACAGUUAUAGGUAAUUUAAUGUAUCUCUGUAAGUAAUGAUAAACCAUUGUUAACGAAAAAACGAUUCUGAGCGCAGUUCAGUUGAUAGUGAUGCUUUGUCAACAAUAUAUAUGUCAUAUUAUGGUAAAAUAAUUAAAUAGGCAUUAUAUAUUUUCUUUAAUGAUAUUUGUUUAAUAUUGUACCGAUUUUCCCAUGUUUGUCUCGAUUUUUCCCAUUUAUUGGGAAAACUCCUGGGAAAAUCGAAAAAUUACCUACGUAAGUACGAAAGUACUUUCCCCGUCAGAUUUUCUUUCAGAAAAGUUGCAAUCAUGUUAAGUCGGAGUGAAAUUGCUGGUAGAAAAGAUAUAUUCAGAAAAAAAUGGCCACAGUAUUUUUUUUACUAAUACCUUCUUUUCGUACGUUUUCCGCUUUUCCAACAUUUUAUCCCGGUUUUCUCUGAUAUAAAGAAAACCGCUCAAAUCAAAAAACGACUUUUCUAAAUUACUAUGGAGAUAAAAUUUCUUUUCAGGAAAUUAGCUACAUUUAAUCAAGAUUUCUGGUAGAAAAGUUUGCACAACAUAUCGAGGGGUAUUUUGCGAUUAAAAUUGUCCGAGGGAGCUAUACUUUGGGUCUCUAGAUACAUCCAAAACGCAUUUGUAUUUUCUUUGUUAAGGUAAAAUGGAAAAAAAAUGGAAAAAGUUAUUUUCGUCACGCUGGUUUGAACACGAAAAUCCUAGGAUGUUAAGCAUAAAUAACCACUAAAUCACGACAAAUAUAUCUUAAAUUGAUAACAUAGAGUUAUUUAACAUAACAUACAAUAUUCGCAUAAUAUCAGAAUUUCAAAAAGCUAUAGUUUUGAAACUUAGUCAGUCCGCUUGAUUCUGACUUCACCAUGGUUCUUAAUCGGCAAUAUACAUACGUUAGAUAAAAAAAAAAAAAAAUAAACAUCUUAGUAAAACCAAUACAUUUUUUGCUACACUCAGAAUCUAAAAUUGAGUUUCAGUUUUUUAUAAUGUCAAUAACAUUGCGGCACACAACGCCGAGUUUAGCAACUAUAGUUAGUAACAUUUUCGUAACCAGAGUGCGCUGUAUAUUACGGUCGGUCAUUUUUUAACAAUAAAAAAAGAAAGCGUGUAACGAGACGUUAGACAAUAACAAAUAAAUAAAAAUAAAAAAAUAAAAAAUUACUUUGGGGCGAGUCCCAGAUUAGUAUAUCAAUCUGCAGAUUUCAAAAAUGCAAACUAUCCGAUAUAAUAAUAUACAUUAAUAAUUUAUUAAUUAUAAUAAUAAUUUAGGCCAGUCAUGUGGAGAGAAGAAUCUGAAGCAAUAAUUUUAAUGUAUACGGAGAAGAAAAUCAAAAAAGAGGUAAUUGAAUGCAAUUCAGAAUGAUAAUAUGAAGACAGUCGGUGUAUGCGAGGUGGGAGAUCGAGAUUAGCCCGAAGAAUAGUGUUGUAACACUAUAUUGUUUUAAUGUAAAACUUGGGCUUGUUGCGCCCGUUUCAAUGAAAUUAUAAUGUUUUAUUAUUUUGUACAUGUACCUAUAGCUGAAUCGAUCGUAUUAACGUGUUACAGAUGCCGUUAUCACUACAUUGAUUUUGUUUCUGUUUUCGAAAUUCUCGAUAUCGGCUUCGUUUCUAAUAAUCUAUCCGUUCGCCGGCGAGCUUUAUCCGACUCCGCUGCGCGGUAUCGGCAUCGGCACUUCUGCGUACAUCGCCGGUCUUGGAUUGGUCCUUAUACCGUUCAUUAACUAUUUGGUAAGUGUAUAACAGUGCGAUCGUAUUCAGAAUCGUGUGUAAAUACGAUUUAUAAUCAAUGUGACACAAUUUAUCAAAUCUCCGUGAUAGCACAACAGAUAGUUUCGGAUUUGAUUUCAACCAGCUGUAUUGAAUUUGAAUUUGAACAUAUAAAGAUCACUCAAUUAACUACUUACAUUUCUAUAUGUUGUUGAUAUAUUUCUACCUGAUUCUGUUGAACAAUCGACCAACACUUACUGAUUCACAUACUGCUCACUCAGUUCAUCAUACCACGACCGAAUUGAAAAAAUGAUUCAAGUUGCUUGCUUUACAUUCAAAUAACACCUAUACCGUCUCAUUCGAGUAUAUUUUAUGAUUUAUUGUCAUUUAACGUGUUAUUAAAAUUCUAAAAUCACUCUGAAGAGUACUCAUUGCUUACUAUAUUUACUCAUUUUAAAAUUUAUUUCAAUAUUUUUCGAGGUAGACAAUUUUGUAUCCGUUCGAAAAUCACAUUUUGAAAUACGUACAAAAAUACUAAGUGCGUAUUUAUAUCGGGUGUAAAUAUUAUUUUUACUAAACGAUAUUAUAAUACGACGGCGUCUCGUCGACCAUCAUAGAGACAAUCUGAUUAUAAUUGACGUUAAAAAAAUCAACCAAGAAUACAAAAAUACCACGUUUCAAACAGUAAGGCUAGUAAGAUUGCGCAAUAAUGGAGAUCCGGAGGUUGCGCCCAUAUAGCGCCGCGAGCAAACUUGUAAUAAGGGUCUAAGACAAUUUGGAGACCGUUUUUAUCAUCAUUUUUAAAAGCAGUUUACAUUACAUAUUUAUAUACAAUAUAUAAUGUGUGAUACAUAUAUUCGAAAAACUUCACACUUUUUGUACAUUUAUUUGUCCGUAUAAUAAAACAAUAUCGACGUAAAAAUAACAGUGAUAUAAAAAAAAACAGAAACAACAGAAUUGAAAAUAACAAGACAUCAUACUGUCAGUGAAUACAUUUUAUAUUGAUUCAACUUUUAGAAACAUUCAAUGUUUUACUCAAUAAAAUUCCCGAUGAUUAUUAUUCGCUGUUUAAUACGAUUGUAUUAAAAUAACGAAUACAACAGUUUAAUUUCAAACUUCGCCCUUCGGUACGACUUCCGAGUUGAUAAUAAUUUGUGUCGUGUCGAUUCGUUCUCAGCCUACAAUUGACUGUUGUUAGGAAACCAUAAUAUUAAAAUAUAAUUAUCAAUUGAACAUCGUUGUGUGUACCUACAUUUUGAUAUAACUGUGAAAUACGUUUUCCUCCAUUUUUUUUAAAAAAAAAUUUAGCAAUAACGUUAUAAUAUUGUUUUUAUUGUCGUCGGCAUAAAAAACUCGGUCGAAAUUGAAUUACAGAAAACGGAUCGACUAAUUUAAAUCGUAUAGAUAUCAAAUUUGUCGGUCCGUUUUCUCAUAUAUUGGUAUCCGGUUUUUAAUGUAUAAAAAGUUUAAACAAUAGAACGUUAUUCGAUAUGCAUAAUAUAGAUAUCGUGUUUAUAGUAAUAAUAAUAAUAAUAAUAAUAAUAACAAUAAUAAUAUGUAACAUAAUAUUAUACAAUUCGUAUUUCCCGAGCUACUGCAGCACACUGUCUUAUACCGUCGGUAUCGGUGGUGUGUAAUAUGCAUGCCGAAAUAACAACCGGUGAAUUUUCAAAAAUAAUAUUUAGACAUAACAAAUAAGCAAGCAUAAUAUUAUACUCAUGUACAUAUAGGUGAAUAAUCGACGAAUAUUAAUGAAACAUUGGUCGUUUUUUUUUUUUUUUUUUUUUUUUUAAAAAUUGGUUUUUUUCGUUUAAAAAAAAAAAAAAAAAAAAAAAAACAACUAGAGCAUAAAAUAAUGACGCGAGGUCAAAAACCCAAGCUGAAAUAAAACACUGUCCGUAAAAAAAUAAACAAUGUUAUACGAUAUAAUAUUUAUACUAUUUACGCGUAGUACGUAUCUAACAAAAUUAUAUUAAUAUCAUUCAUUUGGAUUAUUUCAUUCACUAAAAUUUAAAUACGCAACGUUAAAGAAAAAUGAAAAAUACACACGAUUGCAGUACUUAUAUUUAAACGUUUAUUUUUUUCAGCUUUUUAAUAUAAAUAAAUUUACCGUCUAAAAAAUAAUUUAAAACAAAAAGAAAAUUUGAAAUCCCCCUCCUUCCAAAAAAGCACAAAAGUCAAAAACGAAAUAUUUUAAACAUUUAAUAACCGAUUAACGUAGGUCGUGUUGAAUAAACGAAUUAAGUGUGCAUUAUUAAAUAAAAUUAUAUAAUAUGAUGGUUAAUUUUCGCAAUCACUUUAUACUAAAAAUGUGCAACAAAAUCAAUUUUAUGUAUUCGAACGCUUCAGUACGUUAAAACACACUCGUUUUAAUUAUAAUGUUUAUAAUAAUAACUAAUAGCGGCGUGGUGAACGUUUUUUUACCUAUGAGACAAAUGUGCCUAAUACAACAAGGACACCCACUAUACCUAUCAAGCAAAAAUGGAUCAUUCUUUGUUUUUAAACAUUUAUCCUGUCCGCGUGAGCUCAUAAUAAGCGUAUGGCACCCCGUAUAAUGUUACCCCUCGUAUAAUGUUCACCCCUUAAUCCUUCAAUCCAACCCACGAUGUGGCUUGACAGAGCCUCUAAAAUUGAUGGGCACUCAUCAAAGUUUUUUUCAAUAUUUAAGUAAUAAUUAAAUAAUUACUAUAAAGAAAAAAGUUAAUAAAGACAAAUUAGGUGUGCUAUUUAAACAUUAAAUUUUUGUUACAACAAAGUUAAUGUUUGAGAAAACUUAUCAAUAAUUUCUUAUUGAUUUAUCGGUAUAACAUAUUAUAAUAAAUAUCUUAUAAUCAGUCUAAUAAAUCAAUUUCAUCAUAUGUUAAUUUCAUAGAACUAAUGUGAUGCAAUUAAUAGUAGUAUUUCAUGAAAAAUAAAAUUAUGACCAUAAUUUAGUACCAAUAACCAAUGUUACAGCAAUGUCAACAAACCUAGUAUUUAAGUAUUGAAAUGUAAGCCAAAAAUACUAAUAUAAGCAAACGAAGUGAAUAGAAAUUUUUCAGAAAAAUUGGUCAGAUAUAAAUGUUUACAUUCCUAUUGAAAAACUGAAAUUAUGCCCCUGUAUUUUCGUUACCGCAUACCUUUACCUAACCUGUCUUAUAUUAUUAUAAGGCGAAUCGUAUUAGGAGGGCUUUAGUUUUAUGAAGGUAAUAUAAAGUAAUAUAAAAUCAAAUAUGUGUUAUAAGUUAUAAAAUAUGUAUAUUUAAUAUACGGGCUAUCCCGCACGGUUUUGGUCGUGUCAGAAUGGAAUGAAAAAAGAUACGGACAUACUUCGCACAAUGGGUGGGCCACGGUUAUAGGUCAGAAGUUGGGAAGGUAGAAUAUAUAGGGAAAUUUAAUGUAUAUCUGUACCCGACGAUUAAUUUUCGCAAAUGAAAAACAAUUUUGAGUGAAUUCGGUGAUACGUGUUUUUAAAGACUGUAAAAAUUUACUAUUUUAAAAUAAUUCAUGUCGUACAUUUUACCGUUUUCCUACGUUUUUCCCGGUUCUUCCCACGUUUUUCCCGUUUAUUAUGAAAACAGCCGGGAAAUAAUCUGCUUAAAGUACCACUCCAGUCAGAUUUCCUUUCAGGAAAAGUGCUAUACUUGAAAAUCGGACCAAAAUUGCUGGUCGAAAAAUUGUUCACUGAUAAAAGACAAAAAAUAAACAACAUUGUAAAACCAAUACAUUCCUCGAUCCGCUCAGAAUCUAAUAAUAAAAACCUGUUACCUGCAGAGACUACUCGUUUCUACUACAGUUCUUAUCACUAUCGACUGUUUUUGCUCGUUAAUUUAUUUGUUAAAUUGGUGUACUAUUUAUCGGAAAAUAUAGUACCCACAGGAAAUGUCGUGAUUAAAACAAAUACUAUCAACAUAAAACCAAAUAAAAACUAAAAAAUCUCGAAAAUGAGGUAGCUAUAAAUAACUCAAGAAAUGUCUGAAUUUUCGGUUAAACGUGUUCAUACGACGUUAAGCAUAAUAUUCGCGAAAUUUCCAUUUAUAUGCAAUCGAUGUAUCAAAAACUUUAAUAGAAUAAUAUAAUUAUUAUGGUUUAUUAACAUGAAAAUUAUUUUUAAUUUUACGAAACCUUCGACUACAGGGCAACGCAAUUAUUAUUACACGUAUUUAAUUAUUGAAGUUGUGUUAAAUCGUAAUUCCGAUUUUUUGAUGCAAUAUUAGUUACAUUUUUUUUUUACAGGGGGUAUCAGUUAAAGACGAAUUAUAUUUUUAUGGGUGCCCGGAACCCGUGCCCCUCUCCCCGUAGUUACGUGCCUGCUACGUUCAGAAUCUAAAAAAAAAAAAAAAAAAACCUCGAAGAACGAAAAACUGGUAUUUCAGAGGUUAAUGCUAGAUAACAUAAAUACGAUUAUCUACACGCCUGCGCGACUUAAUCAAGUUCGGAGUACGUACAAGUGACAUUUAGGUUUUGCAUUCACUGGAUUAUCGUUAUAUAAACUUUUAUUUAUUCAUUAAAAUUAUUACGUACAUGUAUUAUGUAUCAAAACAUAAUUUAGUUAACAUUUCGUGAGAGAUUUGUAUUUUAUUUUUCCAUGCGCCGACGUGCAGGGACGAGAGAACUUAGUAAUGCCGUUGUUGAUAAUGGGUAUACUGUCGGUGAUCGGCGGGAUUACCGGUCUCCGAUUGCCCGAAACGUUGCAUUACAAAUUACCUCAGACCGUGGAAGAGGGAGAAGAAUUCGGGAAAAAUUGGACCAUGGCAGACUGUAUUAAUUGUGUUCCCAAAAGGUAAUAUAUUACAUUUGUAUACGUCUGAAAAAUAAUAUAAAUUGUUUUUCACGUUUUCGGCCAGACUUUAGACUGUUCAUUUAAAAUACAAACUCAUUCAUGAACUAAUUCAUAAGCAUAAAACUACAUAAUUAGUUAAUUCUUUUCUAAAUCAACUUGCUCCGUUAAUGUUCAACAUAAGUUCAUUUAAGGUUCAUUUUGCUAUUGAUUUUUAUUAACUUGACGUAGUCUCAGAGAUUAUAUUGAAAAACAUACAAGGGCAGACUGUAUAAAAUAUGUGCUGUACUAUUUAAAUAAUCCUAAGAAGUCGUCAUAGUGUAAUUUAUCAUUUCUGUCUUUCUAUUAAUGAUUAAUAAAACAGCAUUGAAGUUACCUACUUAGAAUUUUAAUUGUGGCGAUGAACACGUCAAUUUUUCGCGCGGCCAAUUUUUCGAAUACGACAAAUUUUCAACUAGUUUUGCAUCUAGUCAUUUUAAAUUGUACACGAGCCGUUAAUCAUUAAAAAAAAAAAAAAAAAAAUGGGUAUAAUAAAUUAUAUGUCAAAAUUAUUUUGAUAGUGAUUCAAUAUUUUGCGCAAAAAUUAACAUGGAUCCGGUUAGGUUGAUAACAAAAUUGCUUAUAAUAAUUUCUUAUAUUCUUAAUGUAAAAUUUGGAAUCGGAGCUAAAAUAAACCACCCAAUUAAAGUUCAAGUUCAUUAAAAAUAUGAAUUUAAUUCAAAAAUAGUCGAUUAUAAUAAAAUAUGAGUUUUUAAUCUCACGCUCGGUUCAUAAGUUCACGUAUGUAUGUAUAUGUUGAACUUUGAACGGAUGAAUGAGUUCAUAUUCGACACAUUAUAUUAUAAUAAUCUAGGUACAUCAGUAGGUAGUGAGUUUCUUUUGAAUAAGAUAUCGCUUAAUAUAUAUAUAUGCAGGGAGACCUUGAAUAAAGAACAAUCGCUAUUUUUAUGGAGGAGGGAAGUAUUAUGGUAAAACAUUAUUCACAAUUCGGAAUAGUUUUUCAUUUUCAACCCGUUCAGUGUCAUGCCAUGAUUUGCAUUUUAUUUUCAGAUGACGACCGUAUUUUUUUCUACAUAUUCGAUUGAAUCUUUUUUUUUUAAACUCCAGAUUUACUGAGUUUGAAAAAUUUAAAUUUUCAUUUUUCUCGUAAAGUUUAACUCGCUGAUCUAUAGGUACUACUCGUAAGUCGAAUUUUCACCGAUUUGAACGAUUUUUUAUUUUAGUUUAAAUACCUAUACUUAAACAAUACAAUCUAUGACAGUGGCACGUACAGAAAGAGGGUAAGGGGUUAAACCUCUUCAAAAUUUCUUUCACUGCAUUUUUUUAAAUCAAAUUUUACAUUCAACAACAUUUAAUCGUAUGUUACAGAAUAAAAAAAAAAUUAAUUUCAUCAAAAAUCAUUUGUUUAGUAAUAAGAGUGACAGUACUGUACUAAAAAUAUGUGUAUCCUCUCUUUAGGAAAUUAUUAUAAACAACCCCCUCUCCAAAAAACAAAAAAAAUCCUGCCUGGGUUAGGAAUCUAUUUACCUAUUCUUUUUUUUCUCGUGUCAGUCAGUGUUUUUUUUUUUUUUUUAAUUGCAAUCCUUUCUUUUCCCAGUAUUCAAUGAUUCAUAUUAUUUCGUCCGUGAUUGCUGUUAGUCCAAUGAAAUCUCUCAUUUCACAUCUAUUAGGUAUCAAUGUACACUCGAACAGAUGGUUUGAUGUUUGUUUCUCUCCUUAUUCGCAAUUUUCAUAAUUGGUCAUUGCCCACCUAUUUAGGUUUUCUUUAAAUCUUCCUCUCUAUGUUUUCAGACGGUUGAGAGUUUUCCACAUUUUCUAGGGUAGGUUAUAUCCCGAUGGUAAGGUAUCGAUAGGUACGCCUCAACUUGUGAGCGUGUUCCCUUAUGGUCGCUUCUUCCAUGCUUCAAUCCGGUUCACCAUUAGGUUUUACCUUAGUGGUGAGUGGUAAUGUCGUUUUUAUAAAGUACUUAGAUUUUAACCUGUUAUCGGUUGGAGUCAUUCCAUACAUUCCAUACAUGUCGUCAUUUAUCUGGUUGCCCCUUUUUAUUUAAGCUGCUUUUUCUCGUCUUAUUUCGGAUGGCGCUAUUCCGCUUUUUUUCAAUAGGAGUUAGUUUUAAGCAUUCCGUUAUUAGUCUUACCGUAUAAUUUAAUGCUACAUAUACUUUCUUCGCAUGGGAUGACUGUCGCCACACUGGGCACACGUACUCUCCAACUGAGUAGCAUAGUGCGAGACCAGAUGUUCUUCUUAUUAUUUUUGGGUCAGCACCUCAUAUUGUUCCUACUAGUUUUUGUACUAGGUUAUUUCUCGCAGCGAUUUUUUUGUUUAAACUUUCACGACGUCUUUUAUAUGUCAAUGAUCUAUCCAAUUUUAGUCCUAGAUAUGUGGGAUUAUCUAUAUGCUCUAGAGUGGCUCCUUGCCAUUUAAUAUUUAUUCUAUGACCUAUGAUAUAGGUAGUUGAACCUAGAGGGUUAAAAUGUAUAUUAUAAUCAAACUGGAGAUAAAAUGAAAAUCAUACGGAUCAAUGAAAAAAGUCGAUUCCAAAUACCUAACUCUAAUUUGAUAAAUUUUGAGUUUUUUAAACACCCGGUAAUUGGAAUUUAUAUAGAAUAAUUUAGAGAUUUUUUUCUUGUUUAUAUAUAUAUAUAAUAUUAUUUUGUAUAAUAACAAAAAAUUAUCCGGUCGUUAUAAGGUUCGUAAAUAUAUAUUUACAGGCCACCAGAACAUUCAAAUUCGUACGAGGACCUGGCUGAAAAAAUGGAAUUGUCCCCGACAACGGAAACUACAGCGUUAGCCACUGGUAGUGCUGGGGGAAGAUCGAAAUUCAGCAGACAGCAGAGCAUCAUGGAAACGCCACUAGAUUCGUCGGGUGUAGUAAAAAUGACUUGCUGGUUUUAG